UGCCAACCUUCCAUUGGAUGUGCAGUGGAAUGAUUUGGAUUACGCAGACAAGCGAAGGAUUUUCACUUUUGAUCCCUGUUGAUUUGGUGACCUCCCAGAGAUGGUGGAAGAAUUCCAUAGGCGAGGCAUGAAGUACAUCCUUAUUCUGAUGGCAGCAAAAGCCUCUCAGCUUCUGACUGCUGUGCUCUGCUGGUUUCUGCCCCAGGACCCAGGGAUCAGUAGCACUAGCCCCACUGAAAAUUACCCUCCCUUUGAUGAUGGCCUGAAACGAGACGUCUUCAUUAAAAAUGUCACAGGACACAUUUUGAUCGGGAAGGUUUGGCCUGGCCCUACAGCCUUCCCUGACUUCACCAACCCAGAGACCAGACAGUGGUGGGAAGACUGCAUCAGAGGUUUUCAUUCUAAAGUGCCUGUGGAUGGACUGUGGAUUGAUAUGAAUGAACCAGCCAAUUUUGUCCAGGGCUCAAUGGAGGGCUGUCCUCACACUGAUCUUGAAGACCCGCCUUACACACCUAGAGUAGUCGGCGGGGAGUUGAACUCGGGAACUCUCUGCAUGUCAGCUCAGCGGAGGCAAUCCACUCACUACAACCUGCACAAUAUGUACGGACUGACAGAAGCAUAUGCCACAAACAGAGCUCUUGCAAAGGUACGAGGGAAGAGGCCUUUUGUCCUGUCUCGCUCCUCUUACUCUGGCAUCGGACGCUUCUCUGGAGUGUGGACAGGUGAUGUCAGGAGUGACUGGGAGCAGCUGCGAUUCUCCAUCCCUGCUGUGCUGCAGUUUAGCCUGUUCGGGGUUCCUCUGGUGGGCGUGGACAUCUGUGGAUUUGAAGGCAACACCACUGAGGAACUGUGUGUACGAUGGAUGCAGCUUGGGGCCUUUUACCCCUUUAUGAGGGACCACCAUGACAACUUCAAUGCUGUGAGAUCCAAACACUGUUUCUGUUGA